CUCCGAUGAAUCCUUUAAUCUCCCAUAAAUCACUUGACGCGCGCGGAUUUUCCGUCCGGUUUAGACUGCUACCAACCGAUGAGAAGUGCCACAUUCAAUCUCUCUGGCGAUGUUGUAUCCCCGACGGCCGGAAGAUCGGCGGCCAAGGGUCAGGCGAGCAGAAGGGUUCGCCCUCCAUUUUCAUGCAGUGAUCUUUUGGCCGAUGAUCCUAUCUACCUAAACUCUUCCACUAUUUCAAUUCUGCCAAACCAAGCAGAAGUUUUCAUUCGGAAACCGAGGGGGGAGAGGUAUCUUGAGAGAAGUGGGUUGAAAAAAAAAAUUAUGAAAUUGCCAAAGUAUGUUGUUUUGAAGUCCAUGUAUAACAACAAGUACUUGCGCUACAGGGAUGAAGGAGGGGAGCAACAGGGCUUUUUGCAGUUCUCCGGAGAUGAUGCUGCAAGUCCUUACUCUAAAUUUGAGGUCAAGGUCUCGAGCAGCAGGAGUGGAUUGAUUCACCUCAAGUGCUGUGUCAAUAAGAAGUACUGGGUACGGAGUUCUCCCAGUCAGUGGUGGAUCCGUGGAGCAGCUGAUCGACCUGAAGAAGACCAAUCUAAAUGGUCAUGUACGCUGUUUAAGCCCGUGCCUAUUGAUGGCGACGUGAAAACAGUUCGGUUUCAGCACGUCCAGCUUAAUCACUAUGCUUGCUUGUUCAGGAGCGGGCCUCCAUUUGGUGACUGCUUGUACGCAGGAUGGGAAGCUGCCAACCACGACUUGUGUGAUGCUUGUGCAGUCAUCGAUUGGGAUUCUCUGUCCACUAGAAUUCAGAAACGAGUUUCCUCCAUGUCACAAAAUCGAACAACACUGCCGAAGUUCGUGGUGCUCAAAUCGAGUUAUAAUAGCAAGUACUUGCGUUACAGACAUGAAGGUGGCGAGCAGCAUGGGUUCCUCCAGUACUCUGAAGACAAGGCUACGAGUCAAUAUGCGAAAUUCGAGGUGAAGAUGGCCAAAUCCGGUGAUGGAUUAGUGCACCUGAAGUGCUGCUACAACAACAAAUACUUGGUUAGGUGGUCUCCUAAACACUGGUGGAUUCGUGGGGCAGCUGACCGGCCCGAGGAAGAUCGAUCCAAAUGGUCAUGCACGCUGUUCAACCCCGUCUAUGUGAAUGGUGAUCCUGCAACAGUUCGGUUUUUGCAUGUUCAGCUUGGACACUAUGCUUGUUUGUUUAGAAGCGGACCACCAUUCGGGGACUGCUUAUAUGCUGGCUGGGAGGAUCCUAAUCAGGAUUUGUGUGAUGUAUGUAUGAUCAUUGAUUGGGACUCGUUAGCCCAGUCAUACAAGGAUGAACAAUAUGAAGAUGGAGAUUUAACAGAUCAGUCUGUGGAGGAUGAGGAAGUGGAAGUGCCUCAGCCAAGUCGAGUAAAUGUAAGGCAGGGAGGAUCCAGUAAAGCCAGCCAUGGCAGUGGUGCUCCUUCGUUGAAAAAGUAUUUUAGGGAUGAAGGCGAAGAUGAAAAUGAUGGAGAUCAAUUUGCCAACGAGGGAACCAGUAGGACUCAGCCCAGCCGCAAGACCACUCAAAAGUUCAGAUCCGGUGAACAAGGAGGUGAAGUUAUUGGAGGUCAAGAGGAAGCUGAUAAGACUCGCCCCAGCCGAAUGAGCGGGCAACAGUCAAGACCUAGUAAUGUUACUCGUAGCAUCAAUGUCCCUGGAAAAGGGUAUAACCGGGAUCAAGAUGAUGAUGAUGGAGAAAGCUCCGAGGAUGAGGAAAUUAAGAAGACUCUGCCCAGUUGGAAAAAGAACCAAUUUGGUGGAGUUUGUCGUGGUAGUAAUAAUACUGGAAGACAGUAUGGGCGGGAGGACAAUGAAGAUGAUGGACCUUGGUACGACGAGAAAAUUGCUGGGACUCGGCCUAGUCAUAGGAACGACCAGCAGCCAAUAUAUGGUAAUCCUCUGGAUGAAAAGUAUGGCCGGGAUGAAGAUGAAGACAAGACUAUCCCGAAACCUACCCGACCGCCAAAAGGUCAGGCUACAUCCAGCAAGCAUGUUUUGUAUGAAGAUGAAGAAGACGAUGUUGGAUCAGCGGAUGGGGAAAGCACUAUGACUCACCGUCGUGGUGGAAACAUCCAGCAACCAAAGUAUGGCAACCCGAGGCGUGGCAGUAAUGCUCCAAAUAGUUAUGGUCCGGAUGCAGAUGAAUACUACAUUGGUGGUUAUCGGUCAGCAGAGGAAAGCACUAUGACACAGCCUCAAUGGGGAAAUAUCCAGCAACCAAAGUUUGGCAACGUGAGGCGUGAUAGUAAUGCUCCAAGUAAGUAUGGCCAGGAUGAAGAAGAAAACUACAAUGUCAGGUAUCAAUCAGCAGGGGAGAGAAGCACUACCAGUCGGCGCAUCCGGGGAACCACCCAACAGCCAGGGUUCAGUAACAAUAGGAGAUAUGGAAAUGAUGGAAUAAGUAACGAUCUCAGCAGCUUUUACAACAACUUAGCAGACCACAAGCGUGAAGUGCCAAAGGAGGAAAGUGACCAAGUGGAGUUCACAGUUGUGUCAUCUGCAAAUGAUUUCUGGGGAGCUAUCUUUGCCUCCACAGACAUACUCCCGAAAGCCCUCCCUGAUUUGUACACUGCGAUUACCGUAGUUAGUGGUGAUGGGUUCAGCGAAGGCUCUGUUCGUGAAAUCACUUUUGCUCGAGGCAAGCAGACUCCGUGGCAGAAGUCGGAGGAGCAGAUAGUUUAUGCAGAUCAUGAGAAGAAGACGGUGACAUGGUCGGUUAUACAAGGUGGAAUGCUGAAUUACUAUGACACUUUCAAGGUCACUGUGGCGGUUACUCCGAAGAAGCGUCCCAAACGCAGGGGAAGCACAGUGAACUGGAGCUACCAUGGUACAAAUCCAAGGGGUUUUGACAGGGAAGCCUUGAAAAGGUUUGUCAAGAUGAGCUUCGAUGAUUUAGAUGCUUAUCUCGAGAAGAUGCCAGACAUGGAGACCCGCUAGCUGUCGUGAUUGUCUGCUUAAUGUUGGCAACAAAAAAUUUACUAUACUGCACCUAGACAUGCACUGUGAUGGAAUGGGAUUAGAUGCUCAGUUGCGGAACCAGAAGCUCAAAACAGGUGUGCCGUUUUACAUAAUAUAAAUAUACGAAAAAAUAUAUUUAAAAAAUUACUAUUCAUGUAAUUUAUUUAUUAAUAUGAGUUAUUUUUUGUAUAAACAACCAUGAAGUAU